AUGUAUAACGAUUUGACGACUAGAACAGUAAUUGUUAUGACAUUAAAUAGUUCGAUCAUGAUGAAGUAUUUUCUUCGUAAAUCUCAAAUUACUUUUUAUUGUAAUCGUUAUUUAUAUGGAAAAUCUGCUUUGGAAAAUGGUCCUGAUUUCGAACAUUUUCUUAACUCAAAUAAAUCAAAUGAUUACACUGGAAAUUUAGUGUUAAGUAAAGAUCAACAACGUCUACGAAUUCCACCAUGGCUGAAAACAGAAAUACCCAUGGGAGAAAAUUUUUCAAAAUUAAAAAAGACAAUAUCAAAAUUAAAUUUAAAUACAGUCUGCGUCGAAGCUAAAUGUCCUAAUAUUGGUGAAUGCUGGAAUGGUGGCGACGAUCGUAUUUCAACAGCUACCAUCAUGCUUUUAGGUGAUGAAUGUACUCGUGGUUGUCGUUUUUGUUCAGUUAAAACUUCUCGUAAACCUGCACCACCUGAUCCCAAAGAACCAGAAAAUACAGCUAAAGCUAUCUGCUCGUGGGAUAUCGACUAUAUUGUUUUAACAUCUGUUGAUCGCGAUGAUUUAUCUGAUCAAGGUUCGUCUCAUAUAGCACAAACAAUAAGUUUCAUAAAACGGCAAAAACCAAAUUUAUUAGUUGAAUGUUUAACACCAGAUUUUCGUGGUGAUAAAAAAUGUGUUGAAACAAUUGUUAAAUCAAAUUUAGAUGUUUAUGCACAUAACGUGGAAACAGUAAAAGAAUUACAAACACAUGUCCGUGAUCAUCGUGCUAAUUUUGAUCAAUCCUUAAAUGUUCUUAUACAUGCGAAAGAAAUAAAUCCAAAUUUAAUUACAAAAACUUCGCUCAUGUUAGGUUUAGGUGAAACCAAUGAACAAGUUCGAGAGACGAUGCGUCAAAUACGUACACGAGCUAAUGUUGAUUGUUUAACAUUAGGACAAUAUAUGCAACCAACACGGCGACAUUUAAAAGUUAAAGAAUAUGUCCGACCAGAAAUAUUCGAAGAAUUACAGGCGUAUGGUGAAUCAAUUGGAUUUCUUUAUGUCGCCAGUGGGCCACUUGUUCGAUCAUCAUAUCGAGCGGGAGAAUAUUUUAUUAAAAAUAUACUUAAAACUAGGCAACAACACAAUCAAGCAGCUACUGCUGCAGUGUAA